CAUAUUUGGCACACAAAAUUUUACGCGUUUUUAUAAAAUUUAGUCGCCUUUUAUUUUAUGCAUAAUUACUAUAAUAAACAAAUACCGUUAGUGCAAAAAGAGAAUAUUUUGAUCACAUCGAGCCUGUAAGCUGCCUUUUUGACACCCACACAUUUAUCGUUGUAUUUCCGGAAGUGAAGGGCUAAAUUAUGAAUUGUGCCACAUGCAAAGUGAACAAAAUUGGACCGAAGACGGCGCCGUUCGGUGGCUACUUGUGUGGCAAUGAGCACAUGCAAUGCGGGGAUUGCAAUGAACGAACCGACGGGCAGUGCGGCGUUUGCGAGGAGAACACCUCCUUCGUGCAAAUGAAUUUCAAUCAACGCGAGCGGCACACGUCACCCAUUCGUCGUGUGUAUCCGCAUAUGCGACCGAUGCCUACAGCGGAAAGUGUGGAUAUCGAGACCCAUUCGAUUGCGGCGGCGACGCUGGAGACCAACUCGUCUUAUGUAUUUCCGAAAGCUUUUUAUGCCGAUAUGGAGACACAGUCGAGUAUAUCACAGGAGCAUUUAAGUAUGCAUGAAUCGCAAGAUGCUCUUAGUGAGGACCAAGGAGAAGAAAUGGAUCAGCAUCUCAUAGAUGGUAAGAACUGUUUAUCGCUUCACCCCGGUUAUGUCUUUGAUGGCGUUGGUAUCCCUACAACGGAUGGCGUCGCUGCAACAACCGUGACACCCACUCCCACGCCAAUGUCCAUGUCCAUGUCAAUACCGAUGAUGAUGAAACAAUAUUUGCCGCACAAUGCACAGGACCGAAUACAAAUGGAGACGAUUUUCUUUGGCACUAACAAUCAGCCACAGUCGGCUUCGAAUUUUACAUUUCAAUUUCGUACCGAGAACGGUUUGAUGCAUUUGAUGCAGCAACGCGAUUCGAGCACAGCUGCCUUGGAAGUGAUUGAAGCGCCAAAGAGCAUACAGCUGACCACGGAACAAACGAACCUCUGUGAUAAUUCCUGUGACGGUGUUUUUGUUGGUGCUGCUGAAAGCGAGAAAGAGAAAAUACCCAGCCCAAACGCUGAUGACACUGAAGACGUCAUACAUACGUCGGAAAUACGUUUCAUGGAGUCGACGGAGAGCAUGAAAAACUAUUUCUCCGAUGGCACAAUGCAUCCCAUACUCAAGGCCAAACACGAAUUGCCACGUACAAGCAACACCACCUACAGUCGGAAUCUCCAGCCACAAGAGUCGCUCUCCAUAAAGAAGCUACACGAUUUUGAGACACGCAACACCGCACAUCCCACAGAGGUGGUUGAGAAUUAUCUACGUCAUUAUGGGCCACUCGCCUUUUGCCAGUUCCCCGCCUAUGCUUUCAGUCACAGCUGCCAGGCGAGCACUUGUGAGACAAUGGAUGCUUUUCAACGCCGUCAAACACAAGUUCCUGCUCAAUCACAAACACCUCAAAAUCAAACACGUACCAUCUCCGCUUCUACUGAAUCGGAGCCAACGCUCGCGAGCACCAAGAAAACUGAGCUGCCACCGGGUAAACACUUGCCGCCGGAAUAUUUUGUAAUGCAAGCGACUGGUGUGGCCGCUCCUACGCAGGGCACCUUACCCGAAGUUGAUAAAGCAUCACAUCCCAGCAUAGAUAUACGCAUGCAAAAAGUACUGGAGACCUUCCAAGAGGAGCCACAUGUGCCAAAUGUCAGCGAUAAGCCGAUCAGUAUUGAUCAGUCAAAGAAAUUUAUAAAAAUCAUCGAUUCUAUAGAGCAAACUAAAGCAACGGCCCCGACAAUAUCAACGGUUAAUAAUAAACAGGUUGACAAGGUGAGUACGUGCGAGUCACCCGCAGACAAGGCGAGCUUCGAUAUCAUGUCACACCUCUCGAAUACGCAUCGCGCUAUUUAUAAUCCCCCAACUCAGCGGCAUCUAAAUGGCAUCUACAAUCAAGUCAGUAAUCUUAUCUGUGCCGAACCACCACCACAAUUCCAACUCGUUACCUGCUCUAAUGUAAUGGCCGCUGAAUUAUUACUCUCCAAAGGUCGCUUUCUAAAUAUGAAGCCCAUACCCGCCUGCCAGUUGACUAUACCUCGUCCGCCCAUUAAGUGCCCGGAAUCGGCUUGCCAACGCAUGAUUUUCGUCUCCGAUUUCAAUAAACAUCUAAUUGUUGAUCACAGCUCGUUGCCGAUGGAACGCAUAGCCCCCCAUCAAUGCAAAAAUUUCUUCCUCGAUCCGCGAAUAGCACAUUGUGGCAUUAACAAGUGCCACUUACUCUAUUUAAUACGCGAUAAAAUUACUGAUCUGGGCAGUAGUAAAUUCAAAGACUUUCUGCCGCUCUUGGUGAUGAGCACACGCGUACACCUCUCGGAUUUGUGUGGCAUUGAUAAAAGAGAAUUCACAAACCCUGACAACAACCCUGAGUUUCUUAUGAUGUGGCUGACGGGCAUUGUGCCGGAGGAGUUUCCUGUGACUGUAAGCUUGACGGUGUGGUCGCGUUCGGGGCAAUUACCCACUUGUCACAUGGUACACUCAGGUGAGAUGUAUUCCCUGCGUAAUUCGCAAGAGCCUAAAGAUGUCUGUCGCAGUGGUCAAAUGUUGUUACUCUCAGCAACUGAGGUGAAUCUAUUAACGAACAGCGGUAAAGAGAUGUUGGAGCUGCAAAUUGUUGUACAUUAGAAAGACCGUAGUAUAAAUGACGAACGAACAGAGUUUUUAGGUUAAUGGAUGGAUCCAGACAUAGAAAGAAGUGCAGAGAAGGCCAUGAGUUAGACUGCCAAAAACUCUUUACAAACAAAAAUAUUACAAUACAAUUCAAUAUAUUUUUUAAUUAAUUUUAA